UAUUGGCGACAUCACUGCUACUAUUCUAGGCUGGAUUCCUACUCUAUAGUAAGUUCUCGCUUUUCUUUCAGUUAGGGGGAUUAGGUCUUUUUCUAAGAGGGUCUUUCUUUUUCUUCUUUCUUCAUUGAAUAUUCAUUACCCAAUAGGUUUUUUUUUACUUAUUCAAAAUUCUUCCAGAAAGAGUUUUCCCCUUUCCGCGGUGGGGUUGAUUGGACGAAAGAUCCCAUCCCUAUAGAAUGAGAAAAAACAAAAUGACAAAAAUCCGAAUAUGAUACUUUAGAAUCAAAAAAUUCCGAAACAUCAGAGGCACGUAGUGAACAAGAUUCACAUAUGAUCCGAUCCCCUAACCUAACACUCCACUCUAACGUCAGACGAGGAAGCGGCGUCAGAGAAAGUCCCGCAAAACUACCUACCAUACCUAGCCACUGUUGAUGGAAAGACUUCUAGCUGACUGAGCUUCCCAUUCAUAUGACCCUAAACCGGGCACAGUAGGCAAAUGAUCAGCCUCUUUCUAUUUCUCUCUUCUGCGGAAACAAAAAAAUGGAAGGCCCGUGUCACUGACUUUGAUCUACUGUGAUCUGAGAAAGCUCUUAUCCUAACCUCACUUCUCACCAUCUUAUCUUCCUCGUAAUAUUUUCAUUUGAGGAAGUGAAAUCUAAACAAAGCGUAAUAGAAUUUCAUAUGCUUCAACUCCAACAUGACAUGUAGCCGGUUGCCAACCUCCAAGAAACACAUCCAAGUUGUCCUAUAUCGAUUGGGCUGGCCGGGAGAGUAGCUAAAUGCCAACCGACCGAAAAAGAAAAAACGAGUGAAGUUCAUCUCUUAUCUUCUUUCUAUUGAAAGGAAGAACAUUGGCAGUUCAAGUCCGGGAAUUGGCUCUCACUCUCAGCCAGAAAAAAGAUCGGUUACACUCAUCCGCUGAAUGACCCGGUGAUCCCCAUAUGUUCUAACAUUAAAGUAGGAAAAGAGAAAAUAGGUCAGUAGGGGGAGCCCUCCAAUCAAAAGAAAGUCAUUCAAGAUCUAGAUCUAGAGCUAAAAAGGAGCAUUCCCAGCUAACUCUUUUCCUUUUCAUACUAAGAAACUAAGAAAAGAUCUCUUUUUCUCUCUUUUUUUUUCAUUCUAAAAAAUCCUAUUUUCUUUCUAGUAGUUCGCUCGUCCUUUCCUUACUCUUCUCUCCGAUCGCCAGACGGGUUUGAUUUGUUUGGUUUUCUAAGGUAAGGGUAAGUGACUGGGAAAAAAGACGAUUACGUAUGACAUCAAGUCAAAGUCUUAGUCUCAAAAAAGCAUCUGACUGAGUGACAGCGAUCUCAAUGGGUAGAAGAUAUGCUUGGGAAACUCCGAUAGGCCUAACCGGCCUGCUCUUAUCAAAGAAAAAGAAGAAAGAAUAGAGGCUCCCACUGAUAGCAGUUAGUUCUAGGUCAAGCUUGCGAGUUUAGCUCUGCCUCCUACUCCUAUGACUCCUCCUUAUCCUAUUGAUUAUUCUCUCGCGGAUCUGCUGAUCUGAUCAUAGCAUGCGUCAGGAGACAUCGGAAAAGGCGCUAGAUAAAGGCGCUAGAAAAAAAUGUCUCUUUUUUCGAGUCCGGUUCGGGCAGACUCUGAUUUUGAAAGAAAGAAUUCUGUCCGGAAAUUUUUCUUCGACUGCACAUUCUUCGGCCUGCUGGUGGAAGUGAGCAUCUCCCCGUCACUCUGAAAAGAUAUCUCGAGGAGCUUCAUUCCAUGGGCGCUCAAUCAUCCUUCUUUCCAAAAAUGAUGCGCUGCUUUUUGGAAUCAGAUGGUGACCGGUGUCAAAAGGAAGGUGGGGCAGAGGAAUCGACGAAGAAUCCAGGAAAGAGCGAAGGAAAAGCGAAGCGUGACGAGAAUUCUAGACUCGAGAUGUUAGAAGGUGCUAAAUCAAUGGGUGCCGGAGCAGCUACAAUUGCUUCAGCGGGAGCUGCUGUCGGUAUUGGAAACGUUUUCAGUUCUUUGAUUCAUUCCGUGGCGCGAAAUCCAUCAUUGGCUAAACAAUCAUUUGGUUAUGCAAUUUUGGGCUUUGCUCUCACCGAAGCUAUUGCAUCGUUUGCCCCAAUGAUGGCGUCUCUGAUCUCAUUCGUCUUCCGAUCGCAAAAAGGCGCUAGUAAGUCAUAUCUACGAUCAUCCAUUUUCUAGUGUUUUGAUCAAAGUCAAUAUCUCUUUGUCUUUA